UAUAUGACAUUAGUCAUAGCCUACCACUGAACUAAGCCAUAUUAAAUUCCAAGCAAAUGCCUACCUAAAAUGAAAUUACCCCAUCAAAAACUAAACCAAAACAAUUGCAGGGGACAUGAGCUUUGUACGUAGGGUUUUAGCUUCAACUAGAAAGGGUUUAUCUUUAACUUAUCAAAUUCAAAUCAAUCCCCCUAAAUCUCAACUACCCUUUUGCAAUUACCAUUCAACUUCCAGCAAUUUGCUGCAAAAAUUGAUAAAAGAACCAAAAUCACGCAUCGAAAUCAUUCUUGAUUCUGAAGAAAAUUCGACUCUCAAAAGCAUUGGUUUUUCUUGGGAUGCUCUUCUUUCUGCUAUCAAUUCUUCUUCUACAUCCAAGGCAAACCUGGCUUUGGAGUGGAGAUUAGAGAAACUGCUGAAGCACAAUGAAAGAAAUCAGGAGUUGUUUACUGAGCUAAUUUCUCAUUGUGGGGAAACACGGAAUCUCGAGUUAGCUAUCCGUACAUUUAUGGCAAUGGAGUCCGUUGGGUUGAAACCGACAUCUGAUAUCUUUAACUCGUUGAUUUUGGUUUCUUUGCGUGUGGGAAAUGAAAUGACUGCACUUGGCUUGUUUGAGGUUAUGGAGAGAUCGGAAGACUAUAAACCAGAUGCUAAAACUUAUAAUGCUUUCGUUUCGAUGUAUGCUAAGUCUGAUAAUGUUAAGGCUAUGCAAGCAUGGGCCUCAGCUAAGAGAGUUUCUGGAAUUCCUGCUGAUUUGCAGCUGUAUGAAUCUCUAAUUUCCGGCUGUGUUAAAGCGAAACGAUAUGAUACUGCCGAAUUUUUUUAUGAAGAAAUGAUAUCAUCAGGAUUUAUUCCUAACAUACACAUCUUGAACAGAAUGAUUGAUGGUUUGUGUGAACAGCAGGAUAUUGGUAGAGCUAAACAGUUUUUGCUCAGCAUUAUUGAUAAUGGUUGGGCAAUUAGUCCACAUAUAGCAGACAGACUUUCACGUCUGUGUUCUGAAUUAGGAAAAAUUGAGGGAAUUGAAGAGCUUCUCCGAAUCUUAACUGCAUCAAAGGAAAGCCCAGAAGUUCUUUCACGAGUGCAUUGUGGAAUCAUAGGUAUGCAUGCAAGGGCAGAUAGAUUAGAUGAUAUGGAAUAUGCCGUUGGGAGAAUGUUGAAACAAGGGUCUACAUUCAAAUCAGCUGAUGAUAUCAAGGUGAUCAUCCGAUCUUACUUUAGGCGAGCAGCAUAUGACAGGCUGGAGUUAUUUUUGGAGCAUAUCAAGGGCUCGUGCCAGUUCACAAAAUCAACAUACGAUUUGUUGGUCACUGGUUAUGGUGAAGCUGGGUUAUCCGAAAAACUGAACAUGUUGCUGAAGGAAUUGGGUCUGUGUGAAACUUCAUGAGUCCUGCAUUAUGUCAUUCACCUCAUUUCCCAGCAGAAAUUCUGCUGGGGGCUUCAAGGUUAAACCAGAGACCUGGCCAUGGAACAUCUUUUACUCUGUUAAUUAAUAAUUACCAAAAGUAGAUCUACUUCUGAGGUUAUUGACUCAAUUCAGCAGAAUUCGAACUAACAGCAUAUGGUCUGGUUUCCAUUUUCUGAAGUCCUUUUCCGUUCGUUUGUAAAAGGCAUGGUUUCACCUUUCAGAUUUCAAUCAAAGCUGUUAUUUGAUGCUGAGGUUGAUAAGGCUGAAAAGCUGCUAGCUUAAGCAAUUGUAAUGUUGAAAGCCUGAUCUGCUACAUACAAUUUGGUAAGUGGCAGUGUUUUAUGUGCUUCAUGUUCAAAUUGAAAUUGAAUUCUUCAUUUUUCACAUUCCUUCUUCAUUAACGAGUUGAUCAUUCUUAGUUACUGAUUGGCAUGUAAGGAACCAUUUGAUAAUUUGAAUUGACAAACUGUAACAUGUGUAUACUGAAGGCGCCUUGCCAAAUUGAAGAAAUUUUAAAUGACUGCUUUUACAAUACGAGGCUGCUUCUAGUUUCAAAUAGGUGAAUCUUCAUUUGAGUUUAUGUCAUUUUUUUUAUCCCUUAGUAAUAGAAUAUAACA